CUGCCUCCACUUGCAAUUACACGUAAACUUAAAAAACUAGCCGGCCACAAAAGCAAACGAAGAUAAGUCAAAGAUAAUGAGAUCCCUGGACUGUUGGCCAGCCAUGCUGGCAUUCCUGGCCGUGGCCACGUCGGCGGACAAGCCGAUUCCACCACCCUGUCGCGGAUGCAGCCAGCUGGUGGCGUCCUUCAAGGCGGGACUGGAGCGCACAAAGCGCGGCCAUGGUGGUGGCGACACGGCCUGGGAGGAGGAGAAGCUGCGCUCCUACAAGACCAGUGAAGUGCGACUGGUGGAGAUCCAGGAGAGGCUCUGCUCGGACCCCGAGGUGGUCAACAAGGAUCACUGUCACAAUCUGGCCAAUGAGCAUGAAUCGCUGCUGGAGGAUUGGUUUACACACAGGCAGGCAGAGAGUCCCGAUCUGCACGGGUGGCUGUGCAUCGAACAGCUGAGUGUCUGCUGCCCGCCGAAUACCUUUGGAGCCACCUGCCAGCCCUGCAGUGAAUGCAAUGGAAAUGGCAAGUGCAAGGGUGCUGGCACGCGUAAGGGCAAUGGCAAGUGCCUGUGCGAUGCUGGCUAUGCCGGACCCAAUUGCAACGAGUGUGGAGCGGAGCACUACGAGUCCUUCCGCGACGAAAGCAAGCUGCUGUGCACCCAGUGCCAUGCCGCUUGCGGCGAGGGUGGCUGCACUGGCGGUGGCCCCAAGAGCUGCCGGAAAUGCAAGGAUGGCUGGAGCAUGGACUCGGAGGCAGGCUGUGUGGACAUCAACGAAUGUUUGGAUCAGCAGCGAAGGCCCAACUCCUGCCGGCCUCAGCAGUUUUGUGUGAACAACGAGGGCUCCUUCAGCUGCCUGGAAUGUGAUAGAUCCUGUGAUGGCUGCGAAGGCGAUGGCCCUGACAUGUGCAAAAAGUGUGCCGAGGGCUACAAGCUCAAGGAGGGCAAGUGUCAUGACCUCUCCUCGGAGCAACGCGACUCUUAUGUGAACUUUACGCGCCUGCUCACCUACUUUGGCAUGUGCGUGGCCACCUGCGUCAUCUUCCAGAGCUCCACCCACAUUGCCUGGGGCUGCAUUGUGGGCGCUGCGGUGGCCGUGUACAUAGCCGCCUCCGAGUACUGGCUUAACUCGGCGUCUGAUGGUGGCGGCGGCGUCAAGCCCGAGAUCGACACCAAGCAGCUGGAGGAACUGAUUAUGAAGUCCCUAUAGGCCUAAAGAAAUCAAGAGACAUUAAGUUUAUUCUAUGAAUAAAUAGCACCAGGGAUUCGAUUGGAUUGGCAGUAUUCUUCGUUCUAAUGGAAUUUAUGUAUAUUUCGUUUUGCAGUCAGCAGCAGCAGCGUCGAUCUAGAGGCGGAGUCCUCCGAGUCCCUGCAUGACCAGGAGGAGCUGUAGAUGGCGCACAUACGCACACCUUUUGUAGUCAAUUUUAGUUUAAUAUAGAUUCUAAUAUUAACAAUUUUGUAAUUAAAUAUGAUUUGCCAAAGUUUAUAAAGAAAA